GAGACUCUGCGGCCUCUGCUCCUCAUCCUGCCUCCCGAGCUAGCCUCACAGUUGACACCCGUGGUCUUUCCCUCCGAAGGUCCUCCGCCAAACACAAUAUCUUAUUCACUACUGGGCACCAUAUCUGCUUGGGCACGAUCACCAAACGGAGAGGAAUCGCUUGCUGCUCACGACCCGCCUCUGCGGCCUGCAAACUACUCGAUGAUCGCUCUGCUCGCUGGAACGCGGACCUCCCCCGAACGCAGAUUCCCCGCGCACGUAGCUCGUGGCGAUGAUGCGGAGGGGCGGAAAGCGUACAGUGACCGCCGGGCGGUGACGAACGUGUUCAACGCUCUGCUCAGUAUCGGAGGCUCGGGCGCAGCGACGUGGUGGGCCGCUGGGAGACUGGCCUGGAAAGACGAGUGGAAGGUGCUCCUGUCGUUGGCGGUUGCCCUGGUGGUGGCGGCAUCCGAAGCCGUUCUCUACCUCAUAUGGGACUCGAGGUCGUCUCAGCGACCGCGCACACAAGUGCGAUCCCCGCGGAUUGUUGCUCCAGAGUCGAAGAAAGCCGAGGAGGAGCCAACCGUUCACUCGGAUGGUGUCUCCCGUGAAGAGGCGCCCAUGAGCACCGCUGUCGCUGGGCGCGGGUCAGCCUAUCUGCGCGAGCGGAGUGGGGUAGGAAGACCGGCAGAUUCGUAA